CGGCGGCGCCCUAGGGUGUCAUUCUUCCUGUUGGGGAGUCAUUUCUGAGCUACAACCCUACUACACGGGGUCCUCUGGGUGAAAAUCCUCUCCAGAUUCUGGACGAGCGACGGCGGCGCCAUUGGCGUCGUGCCCUCCUUACAGGCGCCGUCUCUAAAGACCCAUCUCAUUCUAUGGCAUUCCCAAUCCAUUAGUUAUGGACGGCCGCAGUUGGUGGUGACAAUUCCGCCACAUAGCAAGUUGGACGGGUGUUGCUGAGGUCAUGUGGAGGUGAUCGCAGUUAUAGCAGCAGCCAGGGGUUGUCGCAUGGUGGUCGGUUUUGGCCAUUUGCGGCGAACCACGGUGGCUGGCGUUGCUUGGCAACAGUCAAUGUGGCGUGGAACUGUGUCGGAGGACGGCGCUUGCGGUAACAGCAUUGUGGGACAAUUAGGCUUACAACGGACCGCGGCGGGUUGCUCAGCUUAGAUGGGCUACCCGGUGCGAUACAUCGUCGGAAGACGGCGCAACGACUUCUCUGACUUGCUGUCAUAGCGGCGGAUGCUUUUGCGUGGAUGAAGCAACGAGGCGAAGUCGACCUAUGGCGCCGGCUUGGCUGAUUGACGAAGAUCUUGUGGAGCGGGGCAAUAUUGCUCACCACUCUAACAACGAUAAAAGAAAUGGAUAUGUGACGUGGAGUACCAUGACGGGCGUGGCGAGGCUCCCGUGCGUGGUGUUUCUUUGAGGCGACGAGAGUGAGGUGGAGUCCAUGGCGAGGCCCCACGCAUUGUGUUAUCGUGGUGGCAACUGCAAGGCAGCCUACGAGAGGUUCGGAUUCGAUGGUAUCACUCUGUCAGGUGAAGUGUGGUGUUACAGCAGCACUGCAGCGGAGGGUCCCGCAUGGCGGCGGCCUCCUCGGUGCGGUGUGGUGCAGUUUGUUUCUAUCGGUUCCCUACCGACGUUGGGCUACGCCUUGAGUUUCGGCGAACUAUGAGCAUGGAUAUUGGGGGUGCUGCCGUGGCGAGCGGAGUGGUGAAAUCACGUUGAUGUCCCAAUCCAACUGGACGAGUUGGUUAUUUUUUCUUUCUUGCAUCUUUCCAAUUUGAAACUCUUUCUUUUUUAAUAUAAUCUGCAGUUUAUCCGUUUAAAAAAAUGUUGGGCUUUUGGCGACAUGCAUGCACCAUGCCAGUAUGCCACCGGUGGCACCGCCCUGGUUCCUUGGAAACGGAGGGAGCGCCUCCCAUUGGAGUCCAAAACCGGCGACUCGCGCUCCCUGUUUUCGCCUCCGCCCACCUCCGUUUCUCCGCCGGUUUGCCGCCGGGCCGCGUAUAAAACGCCCCUCGUCACACGCCGAGAUCCCGGACAGGACAAGUACUACACUUCACUACUUCAGUACAGUACUAGCCAGAAGGCAUCGAUCGAGAUGGCGGCAGCGGCGGCGGCGGGCGGGAAGGCGCCGUCGCUGGUGGUGGCGGCGAGCAUGGGCGCGGUGGAGGCGCUCAAGGACCAGGCGGGCCUGUGCCGCUGGGACUACGCGCUGCGCUCGCUCUACCACCGCGCCGCCGCGCCCCGGAUCCACGCACUGUCCGCCGCGCUCUCGGACUCCACGGCCGGGCUGCCCCGGGCGGGCGCGGGCCGGGCGGCGGCGGCGGCGGACGUGAGGAUGAACAAGGCCUACCACCUCGUGUGCUGGGGCCCCAACUGAUCAGCAGCAUCGACGACGCUGACCUCACCGACCGCUUCUCGUUCCUCUGUAGCUUCGUUCUUGGUUUCUCCAUCUCAUGUAUUGCUCCCACCCAUCAUCGAUCUAUCCAUCCGUGUGCGUCGGCAGAUGAGAGGGCGAUGUGAUCAUGUGAAUGCUCAUCGUUUGGGUUUAGGAGCCGUACUGCCGUAGGAUAAAUUCCAGAAAUUUCAUUACUAGUAUCGUGGGACUUCGACUUGGAUCGUUCCUGUGCAUUCUGCUCUCUCUAAAAAUGUACGCAUUGCCGAACGGAUCGAGCUGAAACUAGAGCAGAACGCAAACGUUCAUGGACU